GGUGAUUGCCCUUGGAGAGGUAGACCAUGCUCGUCUCCCGCUGGUUCCAGCUCACUGCUCUCGCAGCUUCUGCCCUUGUGUCGUCCGCCUCAAACUCGUCGGAUCCGCUUGCAGGUAUCCGCGACCUUGUCAAGAGGCGUAUCUCCAAUCACGUCAACGACUUCACUUUCACACUCUCAACCGCCAAUGACACUGGCAGCGACCUCGACACUUUCACUAUAUCCGACGCGUCGGACAGCAGCGGCGGCAUUGAUAUCGAAUGCUCAACAGCGAGUGCAUGUGCCCGAGGCCUUUAUACCUACGCAACCGAGGUAGGUAACGUCGACAUCUGGUGGACCGGCUCUCGCCUCGACGCCCUCCCCUCCCCGCUCCCCCGUGUCGGCGAGCCCAUCACUCGCAGCGCUAUCGUCGAGUACCGCUACUUCCUCAACACCGUCACCUUUGGCUACACUGCCAACUGGUGGACCUUCGAACAAUGGGAGCUCCUCCUCGACUGGGCUGCCCUCCGUGGUGUCAACCUCCCCCUCGCAUGGGUCGGCUACGAGCACACUCUCGCCGAAACCUUCCGUGAUGCUGGCCUAACGGAUGAAGAUAUGGUCCCCUUCUUUGGAGGAGCGGCCUUCCUUCCAUGGAACAGAUUUGGCAAUAUCCAGGGCGACUGGUCUCCGUCCACCAACGGCUCACAGGGCGGCAAGCUUCCGCAAGAAUGGAUGGAUGCCCAGCUCGCGCUCCAGAAACAGAUCGUGCCGCGCAUCGUCGAGCUGGGCAUGACACCUGUCCUCCCCGCCUUCCCGGGCUUCGUCCCUCCUGCGAUGCACACCCUAUUCCCGAACGCAUCCAUCGUGAACGGAAGCGAGUACCCCGGGAUUCCCGCUCAAUACUCCAACGACUCCUUCCUAGCUCCGUUCGACCCACUCUAUGCGCAACUACAGUCUUCCUUCCUCGCCAAACAGACCGAAGCCCUGGGCAACGUCACCCACGUGUGGACAAUUGACCAAUACAACGAGAACAGCCCGUAUAGUGGCGACCUCACCUACCUCGCCAACAUCGCCAACAGCACAUUCGCCUCUUUGCGCGCACAUGACCCCGACGCCAUCUGGCUCAUGCAAGGCUGGCUCUUCUUUGCCGACGAACCAUUCUGGACGUCCGACCGUGUCGAUGCCUAUUUAGACCAGAUUCCCAACGACGGGAUGAUCAUCCUGGAUCUGUUCAGCGACGUGUAUCCGCAGUGGCAGCGGCUCGACUCGUACCGCGGCAAGAGCUGGGUGUGGUGCGAGGUGCACGAUUUCGGCGGGAAUAUGGGCCUCGAGGGCAACUUUUCGGUCGUCACGAACGGGCCCGUCGACGCGCUCAACUCGCCGAAUAGCUCGAUGAAGGGUGUGGGGCUUGCGAUGGAGGGACUGGAGGGGAACGAGAUCAUCUACGACGUUUUGCUCGACCAGGCGUGGUCGGCUGCGCCGCUCGAUAGGGACGCGUACGCCAAGGCGUGGGCGACUCGCCGGUUCCACCUGCCCACCGCCAACUCUAGCACUACGACUGCCACCAACACCUCCAUCCCCGCCAGCGCCAUCGAAGCGUGGCAGACCCUCGCCUCAACCGUCUACUCCAGCACAAACCCUAACGUCUGGGGCGCGACCAAAUCGCUCAUCGAGCUCGCGCCCUCCCUCGGCGGGAUGUACAGCGCCCCGUCCUCGACGAUCAUCUUCUACGACACCAACACCUCGCUCGUGCCUGCACUGCGCGGCCUCGUCGCCGCAGGCACCUCCGCACCCGCCCUGUGGGCGCUAGAUGAGUUCCGCACGGACAGCAUCGACGUCGCGCGGCAGCUUCUCGCGAAUAGGUUCGCAGACGCGUACACGGCGACGACGGGCGCGUAUAACGCGUCUGGGCCUGGCUCGGCUGCGCUCAACGCGACUGCGGCGCGCAUGAUGCAGAUUAUCGACGACCUCGAUAGGCUACUGAUGACGCACGAGCCGUACCUCCUCUCGUCGCGGAUUGCAUCUGCGCGCGCCUGGGCGGGCGACGGUGGUGAUGAAGCGUACGCGGAUUAUCUGGAGUACGAGGCGCGCUCCCAGGUUACGCUGUGGGGGCCUGUGCCGAGCGUGCUCAACGACUACGCGAGCAAGGUGUGGGGCGGCUUGGUGGGCACGUAUUAUCGCCAGCGGUGGACGGCGUUUGUGGAGUAUAUGAACGUGACGCCGAGCGAUAAGUUCGAGCGGGAGGAGUUGGAUGGUAUCACGGAUAAGAUCGCGGAGGAGUGGGUGCUGGAAAGGUGGGAGGGGCCGUGGGGGCCUGUGGGCGAUCUGAGGGAGGAGGUGGAGAGAGUGCUGCAGGUGUAUGGGUGAGCGCAUGGAGUCGGGCGGGAAUGGGGUUUUGGUGAUGUUAUUGGACGGGUUUCAUUCACGGAGGUUUCUCCGUAUUCUGUGGAGACUGUCAUGGAUAAUGUUUGCUUUUAUCUAUAGAGCUGUGCGCUGCUGUAUGGAUCUUUGACUUCGUACUAUUCUGUACUAGUAUGGAGCUAAUUAUUCCUAUCGUACAAGCUUUACACCAUACAUGUUAAUCGGUGGACUAAUCCUGUCGUUCAGCAAGUUUCAGGCAUAUGCAUAUGUGUAGGGCACAAAAGAAU